CUGCCGCGGUGUCGGCGAAGGAGCGGCGGGCGGGGAGCGAACUACCGGCGGCCGGGAGGAAGCGGGGGCGGCGGGGGCCGGGGCCGGGAGCGGGGCAGGAGCCCGGGAGCGGGAUGCGGUGGCGGCCCGGGAGGCCGCCUCGCUGCUUGGUGGCGAUACAAUGCACCCGGCCGUGGCGGUAGGACUGGUGUUCGGCGGCUGCUGCAGCAACGUGGUGUUCCUGGAGCUGCUGGCCAGGCAGUUUCCAGGAUGUGGGAACAUAGUGACAUUCUCCCAGUUCCUGUUUAUUGCGGUGGAAGGCUUUAUAUUCGAAACCAACUUUGGGAGGAAGAAGCCGGCCAUACCAAUAAGGUACUAUUUCAUCAUGGUGGCCAUGUUCUUCACUGUCAGUGUCGUCAACAACUAUGCCCUGAACUUAAAUAUCGCCAUGCCGUUGCACAUGAUCUUCAGAUCAGGCUCUCUCAUAGCAAGCAUGGCUCUAGGUAUCAUAAUUUUGAAGAAAAGAUACAGCGUAUAUAAAUACACGUCCAUAGCCCUGGUGUCGCUGGGGAUCUUUACCUGCACUUUCAUGUCUGCAAAGCAAGUGGCAUCUGACUCCAGCUUAAAUGAAGACGACGGACCCCAAGUUUUCUUGUGGUGGCUGCUAGGUAUUGCUGCACUCACCUUCGCCCUCCUCAUGUCUGCCAGGAUGGGGAUUUUCCAGGAGAUGCUAUACAAGCAGUUUGGGAAGCACUCCAAAGAAGCCCUUUUUUACAACCAUGCGUUACCACUCCCUGGCUUUCUCCUCCUGGCCCCAAACAUCUACCACCAUGCAGUCCUCUUCAGCCAGACCGAGCCGUUCCAGAUCCCAGUGAUCGGGCUGACCCUGCCAAUCAUGUGGUUCUACCUCCUCAUGAACGUCGUCACUCAAUACGUCUGCAUCCGCGGCGUCUUCAUCCUCACCACGGAGUGCACCUCCCUCACCGUCACGCUGGUGGUGACGCUGCGCAAGUUCGUCAGCCUCAUCUUCUCCAUCCUCUACUUUCGCAACCCCUUCACGGCCUGGCACUGGCUGGGCACCACCUUCGUCUUCGUGGGGACUCUCAUGUACACGGAGGUGUGGAACAGCCUCGGGCCCUUCCUGGCCCGCUGGAGGAAGAGGCCAAAGGAGGAGUAACAGCCGGGGACUCUCUGCAGGGACCUUUUUAUUGUUUUAUAGAGCAGAGCAGCAGGGAAUCCCCCAGAGGGGGUUGUUUUUAUAACACGGGGGAGGUGCUGGCUGUGCCAAGCUCCUGGGAAAUGUGAAGCCUCCGCUGGGAACCUACCUGACAUGGAUUAUGGAGAGAUGAUGCGGUUAUUUUUGCAAGGUUGCAUUUUUUUUAUGCAGCCCCUUUUGCUUCCAACCUCCCCCCCUGUUCUUUGGUUGUUUUGUUUUUUGUUUGAAUAACCCUUUUUAAGUAACGGAAAAGCUGACCCACUUCUCUGUUAGGAGCCCAACCUUGUUGUGGUGCUGUUGUCCACUCCUCCUGGCUUUAAGGAGCUGGACCCCGAGCCUGUUUGGUGCCAUCCUUUAAUGUCCAGGUGGCCGUAACGGUUGGCUGACACCCGGGGAACUGCUGUUUGUGCAGCAGGUUGUUAGUUACACUGGAAAUGCCUGGCCUGGCUGUUAACCCGAGUCCUUGUUGUGUGAUCCUACCACCUGCGCUGGGAAGACAUUGGACAUGCCAGUAGCUACCACCUUCAGCUUUCCAGUCUGCCCAGUAGACCUUCCACUGGGGGAAUGGCUCAGGGGGCUGAUCCUCAAGCCACCGAGCCCCCGUCACUAGUAGCAAGACCUAGUUGGGAGCCUGAGGAAACCAAAAAGGGGUGAUGCUAAGGGGACAGAAAGUGCCAGUGUGUCACCUUCACAGCCUUCUCAGGGAGACGGUGAAGUGCUGCUGGGACUUUGCUGCAUCCCCAGAUGUUGUCCUGAUGCUUCACCAGCCGGAGGGUAUCAUGGGUUCCACCUGCUUUGGUUAGAUCCUCAGUGCAGGUCACUUUUCAGUCGCUUCCUACUUUUUCCCUCAUUACGAGCGUGUUCCGUGGGCUUCGUUACCAGCAGUCAGCUGCAACGAGCUGUGCUGAGCCCCCAACGCGCCCCCCGGAUCCGGCCCAACGUCAGGGUUCAAAUGAUGCCAAGAAACUUAAGAAGGGCCAGUACAGCUGAGCUUACUUCUGCUGCUGGGGGGAACUGGUUUUACUGUCCCUUCACCCAGUUCUUCUUCCACCCCUUGGGCAUCAGCUUCGCUCGUGGCGUUUCUGGGCAUCAGCUUCACCCAUGGUGUUUCUGGGCAUCAGCAUCCACCUGGUGUCUCUUAGUGUCACCCCUCAGCUGGGGCAGGAGUGACCUUCAAGAGCUUUGGGUGUGUGUCCCCAUGCAUGCCGGCAAUGUGCGUCCCAGCAAGGUGAGGAGCAGCAGCCGCAGGUCUUGUAGGAGCUGCUGGGCGGUGGGCAGAGCAGGGGUUAGCGCCCGGCCUGGUCUGGGUCUCGGAGCAGUGGGGAGCACUGGUUUGUGCUCCCUCAAUUUUCUUGGAGCGCCUUGUCCUCAUCAUCUAUGAUGAUUCUAUGAUCUAAGAAUCAUCGUGACGCUGUCCCUGCUCAGCUGUGGUAAUUAGGGCAUCCAGCAACGUUGACCUGAUUCACACCAAGCUUGGCCAAGUAAGGACUAUACUCCGUUAUUCCUCCGCCCACGUUAAACCCGCGCUUGUGGUGGGUUAAUCCCGACUGGGGUUAAGCAGGACACGGCUGCCCACUCGCUGUCCCCCGCAGUGAGGAACAGGAAAAGCAAACCCAAGAAAACUUGUGAGUAGAGAGAAAAGACCAUUUAAUAAGCCAAAGAAAGAGGAAAGGGGGGGAAAACCCCCCCAAGUGAUGCAAUGGUGACCCCUCACCACCUCCCACCGUUAGACGUACGCGUGCGCAGCCAGUCCCCGAGCAACGGCCACCUUCCCAAAAAAACCCUCUCCGUUUUUAUUGCUGAUUUUUAUCCGAGUCAGUUAUCCCGGCUGUGCCCCUUCCCAGCUUCUUGCCCACCCGUGGCCUCAUCACUGGUGGGAGGCAGAGUGGGAAGCUGUGGAAGCGCUGGAAUGCCGGGUGUGUCUUUAAUACUGUUUUAGCCACGAAUCCAAAGCUGCUGUGGAAAAGGUGAACUCCAUCCCAACCAGACCUGACGGGACCCGCAGCUCCCUCCUUCCUGAGAACCUGAAGGGUUUUCCCUACUGGUUUGGAUUUUUCCUGAGCCUGAUAAACCUCUUGUAUUUGGAGUGUCAGAGGUGGGAUGUUUCCAAGGAUUUUGUAGAUGGGGAGUUUCCCACCAGCUGCCCCAGCACAGGUCAGCUCUCGCUUCCAGCUCUUUGCACGGGCUCCAGGAAGGACCCAGAGAAAGGCAAAACCUUUAUCCCUCAUCUUGAUCUUCAAAGCUAUUUACAGGGAGCUUCAGCUGAGACCGCGAGGGAGAGGAAGGCAACACAAAGUCAGCGUGAGAGCACCGGGGCCAGGGAGUAACUGCUGGGGUUCAUCAAAGCUUUUGUGUCGCCGAAAUUGCACGUUGUCUCCGGUUUCCAUGCGAUGCCGGGAGGUUGGGGGAGAUUUGGGUUUCUCUUCUUUUGACCGCGUGCUGUACUUGGUCUUCACUCAAACCGGGUGUCAACGAUGGGUUAUUCUUUGUUGUCGUCGGGGGUAUUUUUUUUUUUUUUUAUUUUAUUUUACAGCGUGAUCUGUGUGUUUCUGAAUAUUUAUAAUUGUUACAGGGUGGCAGAAGUGGCAGCGAUUCCCUUCCUGCUGUAGGAGAGCUUGCCCCGUUGGGAGCUGGAGGAAAGGUCCAUGCAGAAGGGCCCCGUUAGCCAAAAAACUGGUAUUCGAGUCCAGGGCUCCCCCCCUCCCCGAAUGGGGCUACUUGGUUUGGUUUUAAUGUUUGCUAUAGCGAUAAUAGCACAUAUUUUUUUAGCAGAGGCUGGAAAAGUGGGCGAGCCAAAAUCCUUUUUGAUCAGUGUUCCGGAUUUGCAGAGCUUUUGGGUUGGCUGGUUAGGUUUAGGGUGGUAUUUUUGUUGUUUGUUUGUUUGUUUUUUUAAACAAAAUAAAUAUAUAUCCUCUUCAAAGUA